AUGAUAGCAAAAUUAGAAAGUAUCAAUAAUGAUGAUAUACCUAUGAUAAUUUCAACUCAAUUAGAACAUUUAUGUCAUUUAAAUAUAUCACAACAACCAACAUUGCAUCGCAAAACUUCGAUCAUUUGCACGAUUGGUCCAGCAUGUGAUACAGUAGAGAAAUUAAAAGCAAUGAUUGCUAAUGGAAUGAAUAUUGCUCGUCUUAAUUUCAGUCAUGGUAGUCAUGAGUUCCAUGCUCAAACAAUUCAAAAUAUUAGAGAAGCAUUAAGAAGCAAAGAUGAUAUGACGAAUGUUGCAAUCGCUUUAGAUACCAAAGGACCAGAAAUUAGAACCGGAAUUAUCGAAACGGGAGAAGAGGACGAAGUGUUACUGCGAAGUGGUGAUGAUGUGAUUGUAACAAUGAAUGAUACAUUUAUGUCAAAAUGUUCCUCAAAAAUAAUUUAUAUCGAUUACAAAAAUAUUAUCAACGUGAUAAAAACUGGUUCUAUCAUUUACAUUGAUGAUGGACUCAUAAUGCUUCUUGUCGGAGGAAUUGAUAAUGAAUUGAUUCAUUGUAAAAUCGAGAAUGGCGGAUUACUUGGUAGCAAAAAAGGUGUAAAUUUACCGGGUGCAUUAGUUGAUUUUCCGGCUGUUAGCGAAAGAGAUUGUAAAGAUUUACGAUUUGCUAUUGAAAUGGAUAUUGAUAUUAUUUUUGCGUCUUUCAUUCGAAAUGCUAAUGGAAUUCGCGAAAUGCGUAAAAUUCUCGGUGAAAAAGGAAAGCAAAUUAAAAUUAUUGCAAAAAUUGAAAAUCAACAAGGAGUUGACAACGCUGAUGAAAUUAUUCGUGAAGCAGAUGGAAUAAUGGUAGCACGCGGUGAUUUAGGUAUUGAAAUACCACCUGAGAAAGUAUUUCUUGUGCAAAAAAUGCUUACCGCUAAAUGUAAUAUAGCUGGUAAACCGGUCAUUUGCGCUACACAAAUGCUUGAAUCAAUGAUUUAUAAGCCACGACCUACUCGAGCUGAAGGCAGUGAUGUAGCAAAUGCUGUUUUGGAUGGUGCUGAUUGUGUAAUGUUAAGCGGUGAAACAGCUAAAGGAAAAUAUCCAAUUGAAGCAUUACGAACAAUGCAUCAGCUUUGUAAACAAGCAGAAAUGGCAAUUUUUUAUACGAAAACAUCAGAGGAGCUAAUACGUUUAACGCCAAAACCAACUGAUCACGCUCAUACUAUUGCAAUUGCUGCAAAUUCAGCAGUGCAAUCAUGUCAAGCUGUAGCUGUCAUUUGUAUUACUGUUAGCGGAAGAGCAGCAACUCUAGUUUCACGAUAUCGACCACCUGUACCGAUUUAUGCUGUAUGUACAAAUCGUGCUAUCACACGACAACUUCAUUUAUGGCGUAGCAUUUAUCCAUUAUAUUUUAAAGCAAUAAAUAUGGAUUGGAGAGAAGAUUUAUAUGAUCGUAUUCAUUAUGCUGUAAAAUGCGGUAAAGAGCAAGAUAUUAUACAUGAUGGUGAUUUGUUGGUUGUUGUUAGUGGUACAACUCAUGGAUAUGGUGCUACAUAUGGACUACGUAUUGUUAAAGCUUAA